CAGAAGCAGGCAGUGAGCAGGAGGCAGGCUUGGAGAGUAAAUCCUGGCCAUAUCUACCCGGUCCUGCUAAACCCACUUCGGGUGGGUGUCUGAAGGUGUACUAAACAAUUUUCGAAGAGCAGUUUGGAAGACUUUAGAAGGAAACCUGGAUUUGCUUGGAACCUGCGCAGGAGGAAUCUCAGAAGUCAGGACAGGCAGGAGCAGAAAAGCAGAUUCCAUGGCUUCGGCAAUCCUGGGGGAGGUAAAGGAGGAGGUGACCUGCCCCAUUUGCCUGGAACUCCUGACACAACCUGUGAGCAUCGACUGUGGCCACAGCUUCUGCCAGGCCUGCAUCACUUCCAACUAUGAGUCCACGAUGAGUCAAAAAGGGGAAAGCAACUGCCCUGUGUGUCGAAUCAGCUACCAGUUUGAGAAACUGCGGCCUAAUCGGCAUGUGGCCAACAUAGUGGAGAGGCUCAGGUGCAUCAAGUUGAACACAGAGGAGGAGCAGAAGGUAUAUCACUGUGCACGCCAUGGAGAGAAGCUUCUACUCUUCUGUAAGGAGGACAACAAUGUCAUUUGCUGGCUUUGUGAGCGUUCUCAGGAGCACCGUGGUCACCGCACGUACCUUUUGGAGGAUGUUGCCCAGGAGUACAAGGACAUGCUUCAGGAUAUGUUGCGAAAACUGGAGAUAGCCAAGGAAGAAGCAGAGAAGUGCCAAGUUGAUAUCCAAACCAAGAGAACUUUCUGGAAGAAUAAAAUACAGAGUGAGGUAGAAAAUGUUCAGAUACAGUAUGAAAGUCUGAGAGGCAUCCUGAACUCUGAGGAGGAACUUGAGAUUCAAAAGCUGAGGAAAGAAGAGGAAGAUAUUCUGAAUAGCCUGACAAAGUCUGAAAAUGAACUGAACCAGCAGAGCCAGUUGGUGAAUGGUUUCAUCUCAGAUCUGGAGAAUCGGUUGCAAGAGUCAACAGUCAAGAUGUUGCAGAACACGAAUGAGAUCAUGAGAAGGUGUAAGAACUUCAGGCUGAAGAAGCCAGAACAUUUCCCCAAGGAACAAAGAAGAAUAUUCCAAGCUCCUGAUCUGAAAGGGAUGCUGCAGUUGUCUAAAGAGCUGACAGAUGUUCAACGCUACUGGGUUCAUCUGCUGCUGUCUCCAAGCAAAAAUCCAAAUAUUGUCAUUUCUAAGGAUCGGAGACAAUUAAGAUACGUAACCCAGUACUCACGACGUAACCAUAGGAAUUAUCAUGAAGGUGUUCUGGGGUACCCAGCUAUCACAUCGGGGAAACAUUACUGGAUGGUAGAUGUGUCCAACAAAAGUGCCUGGUAUCUGGGGUUAUGUGAUGGAAGUUAUUUCGAAUCUGCAUUUACCCCUGGACAAAGUAGAAAUUAUCAACCUAAAUAUGGCUACUGGGUUAUAGGACUUCAUGAUUUUGAAUAUAAUGCUUUUGGGGAGAAUGCUGCCCAUAAUCCCUUGACCUUGAUCCUCUCUGUGACUGUUCCUCCACAAUGUAUUGGGGUUUUCCUGGAUUAUGAGGCUUGUGAACUUUCAUUUUACAAUGUGACAAACCACGGGUUUCUCAUCUAUAAGUUCUCUAGAUGUUCCUUUGCUGGUGAAGUUUUUCCUUAUUUCAAUCCUGAGAAGUGUCCAGAGCCCAUGAUACUGCACUGACCAAGCUCUUGAAACUUCUUAUACCCUCACCCCAUCUGUGCAGGGCCUCUGACCCUGGUGUGCAUCUCAUACACCUGAGUUCAUCUGCACUGUUUUAACUACCUUUUUCUUGCUGCCUUCAGCCUUUCCAUUGGGAAGUCUUUCACUCAUAAGUAUAUAUAAGGAUAUAUAAAUCCUUAGAUGAGGAUUCAUCCCAGUAUCUUAUUUAUUUCUCCUUGAAGAAUCUUAAUUCAUCAUUUCCCAUGCUUCCAAGGGAAAAUGACCAAUUCCUCAUUAAAUAAUCCUAUUAUUGAGGUAACACCUUUGCCAAAUCUUUAAAACGCCAUUCUUUUUUGCCACUGACAGAAGAUGAAGUUUUCUACCACCUUUCUGUAUCAUUGAGGGCUAUACAUAGGAGUCCCUCACUAAAGAAUGAGUCCUUAACAGUAGGUCAACUCCCCAUGAUGUUUCUUAUUCAUCAAGGAGUUAAGAAGACCAUGUCCUAAAUGGUAUAUACCAAGAAUAGGUGUUUUGUGUCCAGCGUAUCUAAGUUCAGAUUCUGUCCCUUUACAUAUUAGGUGUGUAACCUUGAAUAACAAAACAAUUGAUAUACUUAUUGUUUAUAACAGUUUUGGUUUAAACUUUGCACCUAAUACUUUGGACCAGUGAGAAAAUUAAUGAAGUACAAAGUAUCUUAUGAGGUGUCUGAGUGGGCAUUUGUUCUAUUAAUUACUAGAAAGUAUCAGUUGUAUUGUAUCCCAUGAAAUAGAUUGUGUGAAGGGAAGCUAGGAUUGACUUUUACUGGAGUCUCAUUUUUAGGUCCCAGAUACUACUACCAAGACCACUUAUGUGCCAAGUAUAUAUUAUGUAUUUUACUUUUUCACAAUUAUAGAUAUUUUGCUAGUUUGUUUUGUUUUAUUUUGUUUUUGUAAUUCCAGUGCUGCCACAUGUUGGUCCCUAUCAAAGUAAAUGAAACUAAAUUUUAUGGGAUUCAGAUUGCCAUUUAAAAUAAAUAAAUAAAUAAUUCUUAUGACAUUUACCCAAUGUAACAUUGUGAAAAUUAAACAACAGGAUAUUUCAGUAACUUGUGUUGUUUUUGAUAAGAAGUAAUCCAUGGGUUGGGAGUAGCUCAGUGAUAGACUCUUGCCUAGGAUUUACAAAGCCCUGGAAUUCAGUCCUCAGGACAAAAAAAAAAAAAAAAAAAAAAAAAAAUUAAAAAGUAACACUGUAGCCUGAUGUCCAUUCGUUUUUUAGGUCCUUCUCAUGGUGAUUAAAAUAAAUGAUUGUUAAGAAUGUGUGUUUGUUUCACUUUCAAAAUCAUUACCUCCACUUUAAGAAAUAAAAUAACUAAUGUACCUGUGUAUAGGAUUUGUUAUAACUUUUGUUUUUAUUGCUAACAAAGCAGGAUUAUAUUAUGCAUAGUUUACAAUUGUUCUUCUUACUUAAGAAUGCAUAGUGUAAUUCCAUAGAGCUUCUUUUCAUUUCCAUAGGUUCUGUUUGCAGAAGUACAAUUCCUGGGUCAAGAUUAUAAAUUUGGAUUAAGGUUUCUUUUGCCUUUCUAGAUACACCAAUGGAUCAAAUGUAAAUGCAGUUAAUUAUCCUUUUUAUUUCCAGUGUUAUUACUCUGUUGUUAUUUUUUUUUUUUAAUUUCAUAUUAGCUCCAUAUUCUAAAAUGUCGUCACAUAGAAAUGACAGUCAGAGCUCCCAGCUCUUGGUUUGAACAACACAUGGCUUCAACACUAAAGAUUUUUAGUGUCACUCUUGCUUUUGUGUUUUGGUUGGUAGUUUGGUUCAUAUCAUGUUUAGGUAGUUUUCACCUGUUUCCUUAUUAUAUAGAUUUUCUUAGAUUUGUCUGUGAGUUUAAAUAAAUGAUUUUUUAGCAUGUAAAAAAAAAAAAAAGAAAGAAAAUAAUCACAAAUUUAAAAUUUUAAGCAAAUUGUAAAUAAGUGUUUCUGUAUAAUAAAAAAAUGUUAA